CCUCAUUUUUGGAUUGAGGCUUUUGGGAUCGGAGGCCGAAGACAUUGGCAAGAUGGCAGAAGGAGGAUUUGUGUCGCAGGGUGGGGCGAAGAGUUAUGGAGGGAACAUGACCGUGUUCGUGCUCAUCACCUGCGUGGUGGCCGCCACUGGCGGUCUCAUCUUUGGCUAUGAUAUCGGUAUUUCUGGUGGGGUCACAUCCAUGGAUGUGUUCUUGAAGGAUUUCUUCCCUUCUGUUUACACAAACAUGAAGGAAACCCAUGAGAACCAGUACUGCAAAUUCGAUAGCCAGCUGCUUACCACCUUCACCUCCUCCCUCUAUAUUGCGGGGCUUAUCGCCUCCUUCUUUGCCUCUACAAUGACAAGGCUCUUCGGUCGAAGGCCGUCCAUGUUGUUUGGUGGUGCCGUCUUCUUGGCUGGCUCUGCCAUCAACGGAGCAGCCACGAAUGUCGCUAUGCUCAUCAUCGGUCGUAUUCUUCUUGGUAUUGGAAUUGGAUUUGCCAACCAGUCUGUCCCUCUGUACCUCUCUGAGAUGGCUCCAGCCAAGCUCCGAGGAGGCCUCAAUAUGGGAUUCCAGCUUGCCAUCACCAUCGGUAUCCUUGCUGCCAAUCUCGUCAACUACGGCACUGCCCAGAUCAAGGGCAGCUAUGGAUGGCGUAUCUCCCUUGCCCUUGCUGCCGUCCCUGCAAUCAUCAUGACUGUCGGUGCCAUUUUCCUUCCAGACACCCCCAACUCCCUGAUCGAGCGUAACCAGCCCGAGAAGGCCAAGAACAUGCUCAGGAAAAUCAGAGGCACUGAUAGCAUUGAGGAGGAGUACAAGAACUUGGUUGAGGCUAGUGAGGCUUCGAAGAAAGUUACUCACCCAUGGAAGAACAUAUUGCAGAAGAAAUACAGGCCCCAAUUGGUGAUGUCCAUUGCCAUCCCCUUCUUCCAGCAAUUGACUGGCAUCAAUGUCAUCAUGUUUUAUGCGCCUGUGCUCUUCAAGACCAUAGGAUUUGCAGAUGAUGCGUCGCUCAUGUCUGCUGUCAUAAGUGGUUUCGUCAAUACGAUUGCCACCGUUGUGUCUAUUGUGACAGUCGAUAGGUAUGGCAGGAGGAUCCUGUUUCUAGAGGGCGGUGUCCAGAUGUUCAUCAGUCAGAUGAUCAUUGGUGUGAUGAUCGGCAAGGUCUUCGGGGUCUCCGGCACCGGGAGCCUCACCAAGGGCCAGGCCGACGUUGUGGUCUUCCUCAUCUGCACCUACGUUGCCGCCUUCGCCUGGUCAUGGGGACCACUCGGGUGGCUCGUGCCCUCUGAGAUCUUCCCCCUCGAGAUCCGCUCUGCCGGCCAGAGUAUCAACGUCUCCGUUAACCUUCUCUUCACCUUCGUGAUUGCCCAGGUCUUCCUCACGCUCCUCUGCCACCUCAAAUUCGGCCUCUUCUUCUUCUUCGCAGGCUGGGUUCUCAUCAUGACCAUCUUCAUCUACAUCUUCCUUCCUGAAACCAAGAAUGUGCCCAUUGAAGAGAUGCACUUAGUAUGGAAGAAGCACUGGUUCUGGGGCAAGAACCUCCCUAAUGAGGCUGACCCAUCUCUCCAGCUCUCUGAGCCCAAGAUUACAGCCUAAAACAAGAACAAGAUAGCAAGAAAAGCUACCAUGGACUUCCUUUUUCUCCACCCAUGCCAUCAUCCUUUUCCUUUUGUGGUUUAUGUGUUGGACUUUCGAGUUCCAACCCAUUUAUUCACAUUUGGGAUUUGAGGGUCUUAAUCCUCCGUCUCUCUCUCUUUGUGGCUAUAUCUGUAAUUUCUUCUUUCUUUUUUUUUUGGUUGUUCAAAAAAAAUGAACUGAUUUAGGUUUAUUUGAUGAGAACAAAAAGGUUAUGGCUCCUCUCAAUAAGUUGGUUUUUGUGAAAGACAACGGGAGGCAAGGCCAAUGAAUUCGUGAUACCA